CGAGAAAAACCAGUCUUGUACGGGCCAAAGAGACCCACAGAGCAUAGUCGUGACAGAAGAAAAAUGGAGGAGGCCGGUGUUACCACUGGUGAGGCUAACGAUCCCCAAUCGAAGGCCACCGGAAUCACCAUCACUGUCAAAUUCAGCGGGAGGUCAAUACCGGUCACUCUCUCGCCGGACGCGACGAUCGGCGACCUCAAGUCCAUCCUCCAACCCCUCACCAACGUCCUGCCACGUGGCCAGAAGCUCAUCUUCAAGGGGAAGCUUUUGGUCGAUACGACAACGUUGAGGGCGUCGGAGGUGACCGGCGGGGCCAAGGUCAUGCUAAUGGCCUCCCAGGGGUUGCACCAAGGGGAGGAAAACCAGUGUUGUACGUGCCAAAGAGACCCACAAAGGCCAGAGCAAAGUCGUGACAGAAGAACAAUGGAGGAGGCUGGUGCUACCACUGGUGAGGCUAACGAUCUCCAAUCGAAGACCACCGGAAUCACCAUCACUAUCAAAUUCAGCGGGAGGUCAAUCCCGGUCACUCUCUCGCUGGACGCGACGAUCGGCGACCUCAAGUCCCUCCUCCAACCCCUCACCAACGUCCUACCACGUGGCCAGAAGCUCAUCUUCAAGGGGAAGCUUUUGGUCGAUACGACGACGUUGAGGGCGUCGGAGGUGACCGGCGGGGCCAAGGUCAUGCUAAUGGCCUCCCAGGGGUUGCACCAAGGGGAUGGUCCAAUUCUAAAAGAGGCUCGGAGUGUACCGAGGCGAGUUGACAAUGCUAAUAGAAUGGUGAACGAGAAGACGCAAGUUCGCAUUGAUAAGAAUAGGUUGGAACGGUGGAAGGUGACCAGAGUUGUGGCAUUGUCCGAAUGUAACUUGAAGGCCAUACCUGAUGAAGUGUGGUCUUGUGGACCUUCUGCAAGAGUCCUUGAUUUGAGCAACAACUCUGUUCGAGAUGUUCCUGCCCACGUUGGCCGUUUGAGUUCCAUUCAGAAAUUGUUGCUGAAUGCAAAUGCUAUAAUGGAUGAAUCGAUUAAUUGGGAAGCACUAACAUCUCUUAAGUAUCUAACGGUUCUCUCUGUGAACCAAAACCAUUUAACGACUUUACCUUCUGCACUGGGUGCUCUGACUUCACUGAAGCAACUUCAUGUCGCAAACAACAAGUUGACUGGCCUCCCAACUGAAAUAGGUCUAUUGACACAGCUUGAGGUCAUGAAAAUCAAUAACAACAGGAUAAGCACCAUCCCGGCAUGUAUCGGGGACUGUAAUUCUCUUAUUGAGGUUGAUCUUUCAUCAAAUCUUCUGUCAGAGUUGCCAGAGACUUUUGGUCAUUUGCAUGAUUUGAAGGCUUUGUAUGUCAGUAACAACGGACUAAAAUCACUUCCAUCUACCCUAUUCAAGAUGUGCCUUCAGCUCUCAACACUGGAUCUCCACAACACACAAAUAACAAUGGAUCUCCUUCGUCAGUUUGAAGGAUGGGAAAGUUUCGAUCAACGCCGCCUCUUAAAGCAUCAGAAGCAGCUUGAUUUCCGAGUUGUGGGCUCUGCUGAGUUCGAUGAAGGUGCCGAUAAAAACUGACGGUCCAUUUUAGAAUAAAAUAUUGUCAUUUGAUUUUAGUUUAUUAAGUAUUGAGGUAGUUGACUGUAGAUUUGUUAUAGGAUAAUCUUAGCAUCCACUGGAAGAUUCCAGUGAAGGCAAAAGUGAUUCGAUGCAAUACGCAGCUCCAUUUCUAGGUAUAGCAACCCUGUAAUGGAGGUGAAAGUUCUCAAUGGAAGUUCAUAGUUCUCCAAAUAA